UUGAGACAUGAAAAUGGCUACUUCAUCUUGUUUUUUGGGUCAAUUUGCUUUCAAAACCUUUUCCAGCCCUAUACUCUGAGGUAAGGUUUAUCUUUAUUCAUCAUUAUUUUUUAAAACACCUAAAAACAGUCUCUGUCUAGUAUCCCUAAUGACCUAUCAAGGCACACACUCAGAAGAAUUCUCUAUAAGACAAUACACAGCCAACACCCUUUCCUAAGAUCCAGAGAUGAAAAUAAAAGUGAAGAAAUUAAACACUAUAAACCAAAAAAAUAGACAAGUCCAGAUAGCAACAGCUAGAAUCACAAUCAUGCCAAAUCCAGAUAACUAAACACCAGAGUGAAACCAAAAUCAUUAACACCAUGACACCAAAUCACCACAACCAUCCUAGAGGAAAUCAAGGUUAUAACAGAGGAUAUGGGUAAAACCUCAAUGAUGUCUGUGAAAACAAACAAAAAAGUGAAAUAAAACACUGAAGAUAGCUGAAGAUAUUUUAUUACAAAAGGAAUCAAUAAAAUUAAAAACUGAGAUGUGCCUAGAAAUAAAAACUGAAGAAGUCUAACAAAAACUCAAGUGAUAAGCCUCAUCAACACAGUCCAAAACAUGAAAAAGACAUUCUCAUAACUAGAGAAAAUACUCUUUCUUAAUUUCUCAUCCAUCAGAUUCUCUGUUUACUGAUUUUACUGAGCUCUUCAAUCUAUUUUUUGGUGAGUUUUGUGCAGAGUGAAAAAUAGGGAUCUAUUUUAAUUAUUUUACAUGCAUACUUCCAGAUUGACCACAACAAUGUACUGAAAAUUCUUUUUUUUUUUCAGUUGUCAAUGAAAGUAUGCUGGACUUUGUGUCACUAGCAUACAACAUGAGAAUUUUUCCCGUGCUGCAAAUCUGUCUAAACAAUUGUCUAGCUAUAUUUUAGGUAAUUGGACUGGAGAAUUCGAUACUAUGAUGGAGCAGCUGAGAGUGGCCAUUGUCACAGUAAAUUCUACCAGAGUGGACGCAGGACUAGCCACAGGAUUAUCAUCAUGGAUUGCUGCAGCCAUGAAUCAUCUGAAGGAAUGGGCGGGCAUUGGAGCGUUAGCAGGCCUUCUGGUGUUGGUCUCCUUGGUUUGCCUGUGGUAUAUAUGCAAGAUUAGAGUCUCACAACAGCGUAAUGCAGCCAUGAUCAUUUAGGCCUUUACAGCCAUUGAAGCAGGACAGUUUCCCUGAGCAUGGUUGGCUACCAUAAAAAGCUAAAAUGUUAUGCUCAGGAUGCGAGGCUAAGCACUGCACUCAGGGUCAGCUGCUUUGGACCCAGAGAAGAGCAUGUCUGAUGCAUGCAGGUUGAUGCCCCAGGUCCCGCCUCUGAGAAAAAGGUAUCGGUCGGGUCUGAUGCUCUUUGGGUGGAUGACACCUAAAUGAACAUCAGUACAAAGUCCCAAUUUAUUUCUAAUAUCAGAGAUCAGACCUCUACUCUUGCCUGAUGCAUCUAAAACAAAAAGGGGGAACUGUAGAGAGCUGUGGAAUGCUAUGCCUUAAAGAUGGAGCUGGUUUCCCGCCUUCCACCUUCCCGAUGCCUCCUCCUACAACCUGUGUAUGCAUCGAUGGAGUUUCCUCUGUUCACUUGUGGUUAUAAAGGAGAGACCAACACCUACAUGGAGGCAGAUGUUAACCUCGCUACAUUUAUUCCCAUUUCCAUCCCACUUGAUCUAUCACAAUACCUCCAUAUCCUUUUUGACAGAAAACCAACUCUACUAUGGAAGUUCGACCUAGUGACUUGGAGAAACUAUCAAUAUUUGCUGACCUUAUACUUUGCCAUUGAAGAGAUAAAUAAGGACUCAAACCUGCUUCCCAAUAUGACCUUGGGUUCCCACAUCUACAAUGCUUUUAAUUCUAACAAAAUAACCUUGGAGGACCCUCUGAUAUGGCUGUCUGGAAGGAGUGAGUAUAUCCCUAAUUACAAGUGCAACACUCAAUACAAACCUCUAGGAAUCAUUUCAGGAAACAAGCCGGAAUUUUCUGCUGCAAUUGCAACACUUUCAGAGCUCUACAAUGUCCCACAAGCUACACUGAAGAAAUGCAUAGCAUCUAUCAGCACACAUUACUACAAACAGAAAAUGCCUGGUGAGCACAAGAGUCAGCAAUAAUCAAGAUUAAAAAACCUACAC